AUGAGUCAGUACAACAAUCACAACCAAUCUACAGGAGCUAACCCUUCGCCACCGAUGUCAACCGGUCCAACGCCGCCACCACCGAUUGGUUACCCAACGAACGAUCAGAGCCAUGGUUCGGUGGCUCCGGCUAGAGUCGAGACCAAGUCUAAGGGUGACGGAUUCUUUAAAGGCUGUCUUGCAGCCAUGUGUUGCUGUUGUGCCCUGGACAUCUGCUUCUGA